ACUUGCAGUAACGGCUCGCAUCCAAACCCUGAACGGAUCACCAUGCACGCCUGUCACUUCUGCGGGAAGAAGACCGAGGACGCUAAGCGUUGUGGACGCUGUCAAAUAAUCAUGUAUUGCUCUCGCGAUUGCCAGAAGACCCAUUGGAAGGCCAGCCACAAACAGAACUGCAACCCCCAUCCCAGCGUCGACAUUACGGGGAGGACAAAGCCUGCGCCUGAACCGGGUUCGAAGGCGUAUCACGACCUCGAGAUGGAUUUGCAUCUACAGAAGUGGAUACAACUAUGGCUGGACGCGUUGGGGCGCUUCGCCGUGAUGGCUUUUGACCUGACCAAUCAUGGACCUGAGCGUUCGACGACGCACUGCCUAUACAUCAGCGUGCGAAGGAGGAUCCCAUUGCCAAAGGAGAAGAUUAGACACUACUACGUGACGCACGCGAGCCUGGAGACUAUCGCUGAUAUGGAUAUACGAUUUCCCGAGCUAGGUGGCAUUGUGAACGAGCCUACCGACCAGAACAUGCUACGCUAUCUUAUUGCACUCGGAGACCAGCACAACAGGUUGCAUCGCGUGCGCUGUAUCACCUGCAAAGUGGACACCAUCAAAUGGAGGGCGGAUCAUUCGAAGAAGGAGUCGUCUAUACUUGCUGGAAUUGCUGUAGAGGUCUUGGUUGGCUCUCUGGAAGGGCUCACACCAGAUGUUUUCAGCACCUGAGGGACUGUAGAACUUUGAUUGGUAUUUUUACCUCGCUGUCCCGACCUCCUGAACUGCUAGGAAUUAACAAUUUGGUAAGGGUAUAAAUUGACACCGCGCGAG